UUUGAAACUAAUCACAUGGGAAGGGAAAUAUGGCUGCAUUGGAUAGGGAAGUGUUUGCCUCGCUUCAGUUCUUACUGAAAGCUCCUUCAAAGAAUGUUGUUCGGCAGUUAUGCCAAGAGUGCUUUUCUAGUUCAGGAAUUCUCUCCGAAAAACUCACUGAAAGUACCUGUUCCAAUCUCUCAAUAACUCCCAAUGAAGCAAAUCAGUUAAUCCAGUCUUUGCAUAACCUUACAAGGCACAUCGUUUACCAUGGCCUAACGUCGCAAGAAGAAGUUCUCUCUCUCUUUCCAGAAGGCUUUCACCAGAAUCUUAAAAAUCUUGUAACCAAGAUAAUCCUGGAAAAUGUCGCCAUCUGGAGAAAUGAAGCACAAGCCAGUCAAAUUUCCCUCCCAAGGCUAGUAGAUAUGGAUUGGAGAAUGGACAUCAAGACAUCUUCCGAUAAUAUCAGCAAAAUGGCUAUUCCUACCUGCCUGCUACAACUGAAGAUUCAAGAGGAUGCUGGCUUGUGUGGGAAUGACUUUGCAACCUCUGCAUUAACAGUAGAGCUGAACAAACAAACAUUGGACACUAUGCUGGAUGGUCUAGGGAGGAUUCGGGAUCAGCUGUCUACGAUUGCAAAUAAAUAAUACUCUUAAGUUUAAAAAAAAAACAAACCCCGCCUGGAUCAUCCAUGUGUAUGCAUAAAAGUAUUUUCUGUCUAAUUCAAAUACGAUAUUUCAUAAGGAUUCAUUUAGCCGUUCUAUUUUGUUUCAUCCCCUCAAGGGCUAAACACAGUUUUAAUAAUCUAGAUAUUCUAAAAGAAGAUUGUGUUCUGGGUGCGCUGCCUAAGAUAAGCUUAUAAUGUCACUCAGGCCUUCUGUUUGCAUCUAUUGCUAUAGAAGUUCAUAACUGUGGUUAAUAGGAAAGUUUUAACAAGAAAAAGGAGCAACCAGUGAAGCAGAUUAUUCCCCUGGACUAAAAUUGUACCACUAGAAACACAAAUGCAGCUAAUAGACCAGCUUCCAAUUCACACAUACUUUUGAAAAGGAUGUGCUGCGAGCAUGUUACCAGAGACAUUUCAUCUUCACUGAUGCAUCAUUUUUGACAUAGGACAAUUGUGGCUCAUAUCUUUUGUCAUUGCAGAAUGUCAUUUUUCAAUAAGCCGAUUCCUGUUUUAUGCCAAAUAACUCCAAACUUUGUACUAGCAAAAAAGAAAAGAGAAAAGUGUCACUUCAUACUGACUUUUAACAGGAAAUAAGAGUCAUUGCAAUUUGGUUAUACUAAAUAAGAUUCCUAAUAGCAAUUCUAGGUUCCCGUAGCAACAGUGUCAUUGUCAACUCUGAAGCGAAUCUGUCUGGGGCCAUUUUGAAGGCUUCAGGAUUGCCACAGUGCGAAGAGAGGAUAAGGAGUGGAAACAUAGUUAGAUGGGGGGGGGGGUUGACGCCAAAACAAAAUAGUUUCCUGUGGGAAUCAAGGUCAUUCCAACAGGUGGCUGGAAGAAGGAGGGGUGAAGUAACCAGGCAACCAGCCAGCACCUCGAUUGGACAAUGUGACUGAUUGUUUGGGGGAAACUUUAUUUAAUCAGGUGAAAGCCGCAGGAAUUUUCAGAGUCGUUUUUCACCAGCUUGUGCCAAUAUAUCUCCAAUAAAGCUGUUCUUUGGGGAGCCUGUCUGCCUUGGAGUUCUGCUUUCUAUGGGGCUAUACUUAGAACAUUGACAGUCAUUGCAGCAUAUAUGAAAUAUUAAGAUUUCAUUAAAAUACAUACCUUCUAACAA